UGUUUACCUUGACUUAGCUUGCAAUAAGCUUGUGUGCAGGUAGGAGGAGAUUCUCAAUGGCAACUUCACAUGGAAGUGGAGAAGCAGAACUUAGAAUAACAAAGUCUAAGCCGGUUGUUGUCCCUCCCCCAAUGAAGACUUAUGAUGGGCUCUAUUAUUUGUCGCCUAUAGAUGAGAUAUUGAUGGGUCCUCUUGAUAUUUUAUUUUGCUUUGAGACAGAUGAUGAGAAGAGGACAGAGAAUCUCUGUGAAACAAUCAAACAAGCCUUGGCUAAGGUUCUGGUUCAUUUCUAUCCAUUUGCAGGGAGUCUUGUAAUGGGUCCAGAUGGAAAUUUUAUGGUGAAAUGCACAGGAGAAGGUGUUUCAUUUGUUGAAGCAGUUGCAAAUUGUGAGCUUCGUGAGUUGGGCGAUUUUACGAUCCUUGAUCUCCCAAAACAAAGACAACUUGUUCAUGCUUGGAAUGAAUCAGAGAACCCUUCAGAAAUACCACUGCUUGUGGUGCAGGUGACAAGGUUUCAAUGUGGAGGUUUUGUUAUUGGAUUAGCAGUGAACCAUUGCAUGUGCGAUGGAGCAUCAUUGCUUGAAUUUAUGAAGUCAUGGGGUGAAAUUGCUAGAGGCUUACCCGUAAGUGUUGUUCCAUUUUUAGAUAGAUGUAUACUGAAGCCAAACCAACCCCUUGAAACUGAUGAAUACAACCAUGACAAUAUUUCUGCAAUGAGCGAAGAUGGAUCAAAUGUUUCUUCCUAUCUAGUACGACGAGAUGAACAGUCUAUAUUCAAAUCCUUCUCUUUUGAUCUCCAAAAGUUGAAGCAACUGAAGAAGAUAGCUGCUAUGGAGGAUGAUGGAACCAUAAAGGGUACUACUGCCACAGAUUUUGAAUUGAUCAUGGCAUUUAUAUGGCGAGCACGAACCAAGGCCCUCAAAUUGAACCCUUCUGAGACAUCAAUGCUUUUGAUCAUUGUCGAUGGACGGCAUCAUCGAUUUGGUCCAUCAAUUCCAGAAGGGUACUUCGGCAAUGCCAUUUUGAUUACAGGCUGUGAAUGUAGUGCAGGAGAACUAAUAGAAAAUCCACUGUGCUUUGCAGUUGAUUUGAUCAAAAGGGGACUAGAAUUGGAAUUCAUUCAAUCACUAGAUAACUAUGUGAACUACAUUCAAUUUGUAAAGGUUACUGUAGAAGCAGCCAGAACAGAAUUACUACUAGAUAGAGCAUUUGUGGGUAACAAAUGGUCUAGAUUUCUUUCAAAUGAUAUUGAUUUUGGUUGGGGAGGUCCCACGCAAAUUGCAAACGCAUGUCCACAGAAGGAAAUAGUUGUUGUUCAUGCCCAGAGAAAGGGUAGUAAGAACAAGAUUCUAACAUUGGGUCUGUGUCCUUCGGAUAUGAAAGCUUUUGAGGAGAUGAUGCAAUCAGAGAUGGGAAUUCAAACUUGUACCUAAUCCACUUGUUGAUGGAUCAACCCCCCCUCCCCUCCCCCCCCCCCCCCCCCACAUCACCUUCACCUUUUUUUUUUUCUAGCUCUAUCUACUCAUAUAAAAAAUAAAGCAAAUAAAGUGGUUGUUUUAAAUUAGUUACUAGUUUAAAUAAUCAUGGGGUUUCUUUUGGUCAUUUGAUGUAAUGUAAUAGUCCCAAUGUUUGUUUGUAUAAUAAAACUUGAAUGCAAACAGCAUGAUUGUGAAA